GAUGCAAGCAAAAUGGUGUGCAGUUAGGUGAUGUAGUUCUGCCACCCUGGGCCAAAGGAGGACCCAAGGGAGUUUCAUCCGCGUACACAGACAGGCACUGGAGUGCGGACUAUGUGAGCCAACACCUCCAUGAAUGGAUAGACCUCAUCUUUGGCCACAAACAACAAGGUCCUGCUGCCGUCGACAGUGUCAACCUCUUCCAUCACCUCUUCUAUGAGGGCAAUGUGGACAUUUACAGAGGAGACUGUUCUACCACCAAUCUGGACAACCUGAAGCCUUCCCUUCAACCAAUUAAAGAACUAAAAGGUCCUGUGGGUCAAAUCCUACAGUUUGAGAAGACAGUGCAGGCAGUAGAGCAGAAUAAGGUGUUGGUGCCACCUACAUGGUCACGUUACGUGGCGUGGGGUUUUGCUGACCACAGUCUGCGGAUCGGCAGCUAUGAUAGUGACAAGGCAGCCAUGGUGUGUGAGGAGGUGAUGCAAGGCAGUGGUGAAGUGGUUGCCUGUGUCUGUCCUAGCAGCAAGAUCAUUGUCACUGCAGGCACUAGUUCGGUGAGUACAUCCUACAAGCGUUGUGUAGUUUUACUUAAGUUUUCAAGUCCACAGGUUAUCCAAGCAAUAAUACAUAUCUGUCUUCAAUUCCCCACAUAGUUUUGAGAAGGAUCCUUAAAAUAUUUUGUCGUAAUUUUACUUAACAAUUACUUGCUAAAACAUAUCAAACUACGUUUUGUUAUGAGAGAGGAGAUUUUCAAGUUUUUCUUGAUCACUGGUAGUUUUUGUGAUGUAUUACACAAUACAGUUAAUUUAUCAACAAUGGACUGUUCAUUACAGUUCAAACAAUGAACGAUGGUCUUUCUAUCAUUUCUUUUUUUAUCCUGUCAUAACUUUGAACUGAGGAUGUGUUAAAGAUGAUACAGUUUAUGUGCCUCCAUUUCCUAUUGCUUCCGGAUGAACCACAAUAUUGGAUAAUAGCAUUAUCACUAGCAACAGUGAAUCCAGAUAUUAAAUAGGAUAAAUUCAACUAUUAGUACACAUAUGUUAAGUAUUCAAAAUUACCACUU